AUGGACUCAGAUACUCCCAUGCAAGACUCUGAUGAUACAAGACAUUUUGUUAUUGCUAUAGACUUCGGGACUACCUUCAGCUCUGUUGCCUACGUCGGCUAUUCCAAUGCGAACCAACGCCCCCGUAUCGGUCUACAGCAGAUUGAGAUUGUCGAUCGGUAUCCCUACAACCCUUACGGAAACUUCGUGUGCCACGACGUGCCCACCGAGCUAUGGUAUUCUCAGCGAAUACCGAGACCGGUCCCUCAAAGACGCGACACUGUUGAUCGUCAACCUGCAGAAGACGACGACAGCUCUGGGGAAAAUAACCCCCAAGCGUUCUUUGUAGGAAGUGCUUCGACCGAAGUUCCAGAUUCAAACCAUUCAUCGUCAAUAUUAUCGCUCCCAAAAAACAAAAAAGCGCCUCUGUUCUGGGGCUAUGGCGUUCAGGAUCAGCUUUUGGAAGCUGAUUAUAAUACGGAUCACUCAAGACAUCUGUCGAGAUUUAAAUUGAUCCUGGACAAAAGCCCUCACACAGAGAAAAUCAGGAAUGGCCUGUCGAAAAGUUGCAGCAUACUCAAAAAGAUGCUCCUGAUUAAUGACGAUACCGAUCUCAUUGCCGAUUAUCUCACACAGCUCCUGCAGCACACCAAAACAAGACUCAUCGAUUCAGAGGGAUUUACUGAUGCCUCGACAGUGGAGUUUGUUCUCUGUGUCCCUGCCGUAUGGAAGGCUGAAGCGAUACGUCAAAUGCAAUUUGCAUUGACUGCGGCUAUCGCCAACACGCGCCUGGGCAGACUGCAGCAUGGCACUAUCGACAACCUCUUCAUCGUUUCGGAGCCAGAAGGGGCAGCUGCAUGUGUUCUCGCUCGCGAAAAGACGCGCUUAAAGAUUGGCGAGACCUUUAUCCUGUUAGACGCAGGUGGUGGGACCGUUGAUGCCAUAACAUACACUGUUGACAAAGACUUUCCGCUGCGGUUGAAGACUGAAGAAGUUGAACCUGGAGGCAAAAUGAUAGGUUCAACUUGUGGAUCAAGUUUCAUCAAUGAGAGAUACGAGGACUUACUACGUGAAAGGCUGAAGAAUGCUACCUAUCUCGAGGACAACGGCGAAAGUCUCCCGACAAUCAUAAGCGGACUAGUAGUCGAGUUUGAGAGGCGAGACAAGAAACGGUUGGACGCAAAAUUCUUAGAACCGCACGCCGACUGCACAGUCAAGGUGCCAGGCCUCAAACACAGCGACAAACUACGGUUCGAAAAAGGACGAUUGGUACUCAAUCGGAAAGAGAUGGAGGCUCUCUUCUUACCCUCAUUGGAGGGGGUUGCUGAAAUCAUGAAGGAGCAAUUGAGGCUGGCACGAGAAAAAGGAUGCGAUGUGAAGAAAAUUAUACUCAUGGGCGGCUUCGGACAGUCUGAAGCACUAUGUGAUCAUCUAAGGAAAUCGUUAGCAACACAAUGCGGCCCUUGGGCACGAACAAUUGUGCUCGAGACGUCCAAAUUACCGUCGACCGCUGUGGCCCGUGGUGCCGUUCUUCGCGCUCUCAGGAAAGAAGACGGCCCUGCCCGUGUUCUUCAGGCCAGCUACGGAUUCAUACGAACAGAGCAGUACGGCACACAAGCCGAGCACGUAGGCCAAGUUCCGAUUACAGACAAGAUUGACGGACAGGAAUAUAUAGACAAUACCAUCGAAUGGAUCAUAAAAAAGGGUGACACCGUGGAGUCCGAGUACACUAUCCCGAGAGAAGUCGAAUACACCUUCGCCGUUUCCAGGAAGAAGUUAGUGGGUGCAGAGUAUCUGUACGUCUCUGACCGGCGCCAUAAAGACCACUACCGAUCCGACAGUCCGGAGAACGAAGGUGCAAUUCUAUUAGGCUACGUGGAGAUCGAUAUGACGUCUCUCAAAACCUCUGGUCUCAUCAAAGCUCAACCAGUGCCGGGCAGGCUCCCUUACUGGAAGAUCAAAGGCACGCUCAAUAUCAUUGUCAGCGGUCGCAAUCUGCGCUACGAAAUCAAACUGCCCGGGGACAUAGCUAAAGUCGGACAGUCUUCCAUUGCAGCUGCGUUUCGACCAGGGACCGAAUGA